AUGUCUGGAUCCAUAUUCGCCAAACUCCUGGACAAACAUUGUCUAGAGGGCCAUAACUUUCCAACAUGGUACCGCAAUCUCAAGAUAUUCAUGACUAUCGAGAAGAUUGUGCACAUACUAGAGCAAGCUCUUGACAUAGAACCACUGUUGAAGAUACUUCUUAGGAAGUACGUGCUAAGAAUGACAAGCACAUGGACGAUGACUGUUAGGCCAAGUGCUACAUUAUGGCUAACAUGA